AUGGGAAAUUUCUGCAGUUCCAGGGCCGACCCGGAGGAUUCACGGCAGCAAUACGAGAAGUACACCUUUCUCCGGCAGCAGAUCCUCAGUAAACUCAGUGAUGAGGUGCUUGCCAAUGAAUGCGGUCACCUCUAUGCCGAAGAAUGUCGCAGAAGAAAGGUCUCAGCCUUAUCCAAAGCUCACUGGGAGGAGGUGUGUUUUCCCUUCAUCCUUCGCGUUUCUUGCAACGACCCACAGACGCAGCAACGCAUUUGGCAAGCCGUGGAAGAAGUCUAUCCAGGGCCUCCAGAGCGACCGGUGAAUGAGGCCACAUUUAUUGAAUUCCAUCGCUUGGCACUGACCCUUGCGGAGCAGGACCUCCGGCAGCGCAUCGCCAAAUUGAAAGACAAGUGGCCCAGUGGCGUCAGUGGCGUGGCUCCGACCACGGAUUGGAUGUCGGAUUUCAUGGGCAAGGAUCCGGAACCAGCUAUGGAACCCUUGCAGAUUUCGCCCCGUGCCAUGAAGUCAUCCGAGGCAUUAGAUGCCAUUGGAAGUCAGAGCCUCCCGCCGCUUCCGGCGACGCUCAGCGACGGCUCCCCGUCGCCGCGGGCAUCGCCACGGCUCUCCAUGCAGUCGUCGCCCAGGGCGUCGCUGCUGAUGGGAUCCCGGGUGACGUUGAGCUCAUGUGAAGCAAUCGGAAGUCAGAUCUCAUAUGUUUUGAAGGACCCAAAGAUGGAGCUCAGUGAGAGCAGGUCCGAGCUGAGGCGAGGAAGAGAUCAGGAGCAGGUGAGAGAGAUGAGAGACGUGAUUCUCCGUGGUCAACUGGAUGUCAUGGUCUUCAAUAAACGCCGUCAACCUGAAGAUCGCAAACUUGGACUUCUGCAAGCGAGUCGCAGGAUGCAAAUCUUGCGCGCCGAUGGGUCCUGUGAGGAUUCCUGGGAUAUCGAUCAUUUGCAGUGUAUCUCUUUUGGCAUUGCUGCUAGCAUUCUGCCUGAGCCGCCUCCUGCUGACAAGACCUUGUCGUUUCGUUUUCACUUUCAGAAAUAUGGCAGUGAAGCUCGGUACCUCUGUGCAAUGUUUGCAGAUGGUGCCACGUGUCGUUUGGCCGCGGCCGCCUUUAGCCAAUUGUGCGGGGUUGAUGCUUUCAAUCUUGGGAACCCUGCAAAGGUGACCCAAGAACAUCCCAGUCUUGUAGGCCGCAAGCGGGAGAGAUUCUGUGGCACUGCCUCCUUAGCAGGGGCCACUCCGAGGACUCCCAUGACGCCCCUGACACGGUCCACGGAGUCCACGGGGACACCGACGCAAUCGCCAAAGAGCCAGGACACUUCCAGCGUGAGACUUAAGCCGACGGUCACGAAGGACGGAUCCACUGGCUAUGCUGCACCAGAGGUCACUCCGAGUCGCGUGGCCGUGGCCCCCAGAAGUAGCCCUUCGUGGACGAAGAUCUCCGCAGAUGGUGAUGGAGGCACCCCGACGGCCACUGUUGGCUUGGACAUGACUGGUUCUGGCACACCCAAUCUCUACAUCAAAGGCGAAGAUUUGAACCGAGAUGGAAUUCCUGAUGUUCUUCUAUCUGAAGGCACCACCCUACUGGUGCAGAACGGCCAAGCGGUCUCGGUGAAGAGCGAUGUCAGUACUUUGCAAAAGCCCACAGGCAGCCAAGUGAUCAAAACCGCAGCCAGCCCGGUGAAGGCUCAGGCCGCGGCCACCCCUGCGGCCGCAGCCCCUGUGGUGGCAGCCGCAGUCGCGGCAGGUGCCGCUGGUAGCUCCAGGGCGAUGGAGCAGAUGGAGGCAGAGGAAGAAGAGUGGUACGACGAAGAUGAAGAGGGCGAAGAAGAGGAGGAUUUCGAGGACGACCCGGUGGUGGACCCGGCCCCAAAGGAUCAGGCCAAGGCCGGGACGUCCAAGCGAUAA